UUGUUUACAUUUAAGUUGCCGUUCCUGUACAAGUAUUCUUUGCUCUGACGUGCUGACUUAAAAAAGAGUUUCUUGUUAUAUGUUUUUUUAAACUUUGUUAUAAAUGCAGGUUAUUUUUAAGUUUGUUAGAAGAUCAUACAUUAAGUUAUGUAAAACGUGUGAAACAACGAGGUCGAUAUGUGUGUUGGGCAUUGAGACUUCAUGUGAUGACACAGGAAUUGCAAUUGUAAAUUCCGACAGAAAGGUUUUAGCAAAUGUAGUGUAUUCGCAGCAAUAUAUUCAUUCUAGAUAUGGUGGAAUAACUCCUCCUCGAGCGCAGGACUUACAUCGUCAACAGAUUAGUAACGCUUUUCAGCAUUGUAUGACAGAAGCCGGCAUUGUUCCGCACAAAAUAGACGCCAUUGCAGUCACAAAUAAACCUGGUUUACCACUUAGUUUAAUUGUUGGUGUUCGCUUUGCAAAAUAUUUGGCUCGUACGUAUUCCAAACCGUUGGUUACCAUUCAUCAUAUGGAAGCUCAUGCCCUACAAGCUCGAAUGGAGCAUACUAUACCGUAUCCUUUUCUUUGUCUACUUAUAAGUGGAGGUCAUUGUCAACUAACAUAUAUUAAAGCUCCAAAUGAAUUUUCGCUUCUGGGGGAAAGUUUGGAUGAUGCUCCUGGUGAAGCUUUCGAUAAAAUAGCUCGUCGUUUACGUCUGUAUGUUAUACCAAAGUAUCGCAAUUUUAGUGGUGGCCAAGCUGUGGAAGACGCUGCUCGGAGUGCAACAAAUCCCGAGAUUUUUGAAUUUCCUUUGCCUCUUACGAAUAAGAGAAAUUGUAAUUUUAGCUUUGCUGGUAUAAAAAAUAACUCAUUUCGAUUAAUUAAAGCUGCUGAAGAAAUACAGUGCACUGCUCCUGACAAUAUCAUUAACAAUUAUAAUAACUUUUGCGCUGGACUCUUGAAAGCGUGUAGCCGUCAUUUAAUGAAUCGAACACAACGUGCAAUUGAGUAUUGUAUAUCUAAAAAUUUUUUUCAGAAUUCUGUGCCGCGUUUAGUGGUUUCUGGCGGUGUUGCUAAUAAUGACUAUAUUUUCGAUGAUUUAAAAUACUUGACAGAGCAGUACAGUUGCCAAAUAUUCAGACCGUCCAAAAAAUUUUGUUCAGAUAAUGGUGUCAUGAUUGCUUGGAAUGGUGUUGAACAAAUAUUAGCUAAUAGACACUGCCUUAACUGGGACUACGAUGAAAUCGACAUAAUUGGUAAAGCACCUCUAGGAUGCAGACUAAUACACGAGGUUGAACGAGCCAAUAUUAAAUGCAAAUGGGUUCAGCAAAGAAAGUAGCAACUGGAUCGAUAUUUUGAUAAAAAUUUAUUUUUAAAGAUUUAGUAGAUUUUAUUUUUUAAAUACCUAUGUAGCAAGUGUUAUUUCAUAUAUAUAUAUAGACAUAUUGUGCAAAUCUAUUUUUGUCGAAUCGAUUUUGAUUACGAAAUAGAUGAUUAUGAUCUGCAUUUUAAUGUCAUUGUCGGUUCUGGUGUCAUUGAAUUUGCUUCAUUGGAAACAAAUCAUCAUCUUUUUGCGGUUUUCAUUGUGUCGCAUAAAUGCAGUGUAUUUUAAAAAUUUAUAAAAUAUAGGUCAAGUUAAUAAAUUUAAUAUUCAAAAUAUGAAUAUUUAAUUUAUUUAAUAUAAUUUAUGAAGAGGAAAACUCAACAAUAUAACCUUAAUUGAAAUUCUUUAAUUUAUCAAAAAAUAUGAGAACAAACUGCUAGAAAAUUUUCUAAAGAAAAACGAUAGAUGCUUUGUAGCCAUUUUCCACGACCCGCAGUACAGUGCCAUAAAACAGUCCGUGUUGACUUGGAGAAUGUAUAAUAUAUAGGAUUAUCAGUCCAAAAUAGAAAUCUAUAACAAAUCACAGCAAACAGUUUGUAAAUAAAAAAAAUUGCAGUAAUUGUAAUUAAUUAACAAUAUAUUGGAUGACAGUCAUUAAAAUCAACAAGGCGCAUUAGAUAAUUUUUCCUUCGAAAGAUUAUUAUCCACUGAUCGUUAAAUUGAUCCCUUAACAAAAAAAUUUGAAAUCUUCAACUAAUAAGACCGAUUUUAUAAAGCCAUCCAUAUUUAAUAAGCUAUAAAUUCGAACAGCAAACAAAUUCAGACCUAUUCUGAAUCGCAUGGAAAUGGGAGUUUGUUCGCUGUUCCCAAGUUUGCUAUUCUAAAUAAUUUGGGAAUGGGAGUUUUGUUCCCAAUUUUGCUAUUCUGAAUCGCAUUGGAAUGGGAGUUUUCUCCCAAUUU